AUGGUUGCACUUCCAUUAGAUGAAGAUUUGAGAUCUGGAAAGAGGAGAUUUUUCUUGUUUGGGGUAAUUGCUAUCGUUGCUAUCUUGAUAACGUUGUUUUCAACCAAUUUGUUUAGUUACUUGAGGAUAUACCUCACCUCAAUUUCAAACGAAAGUUCUCUAUGCCCACUCCAUGAUCCAAUUGCUCCUGAAUCUUUCUACAAGGACAAUUCCACGGUUUUGCAGAUCUUAAAUGAUAAGAAAUAUAAGAAAGAUUCAAUCAAGAGAUUAGCAGGUGCCAUUCAAAUCGAUACUCAAAUUUUCGAUAACCCACCAAAUGUUCCAGACUCACCUGAAUACUGGAAAAAAUUUACUAAAUUUCAUGACUAUUUGGAAAAAACAUUCCCAUUGGUUUAUAAAAACUUGGAAGCUACUAAAAUCAACACUUAUGGUUUGGUUUAUUCUUGGAAGGGUACCGAUAAAGACUUGAAGCCACUUUUAUUGACUGCUCAUCAAGAUACUGUUCCUGUUCAGAAGGAUAGUCUUGACCAAUGGACUUAUCCUCCAUUUGAAGGCCAUUACGAUGGUGAAUUUAUCUAUGGCAGAGGUGCUUCGGAUUGUAAAAAUGUCUUGAUUGCUAUUUUGGAAACAUUAGAAAUCUUAUUGUCCAACGGGUACGAACCUAAAAGAUCAAUUGUUGCCGCUUUUGGUUUUGAUGAAGAAUCAUCUGGUUUAAUAAGCUCAAGUCGUAUUGGUAAAUAUUUGGAGAAAACUUAUGGCAAGGAUUCAUUUUAUGCAUUGAUCGAUGAAGGUAGAGGAUUAGGUAUUGAUGCUUUGACUGGUACCAUUAUUGCAAAGCCAAGUACUGGUGAAAAAGGUUACCUUGAUAUUCAAGUUGAAUUAACCACCCCAGGUGGUCAUUCUUCAAUCCCACCAGAUCAUACCUCUAUUGGAAUUAUUUCUGAAUUGAAUUAUGUAAUUGAAAAGGAUCCAUACCGUCCAAUUUUAACAGAGAAGAAUCCAAUUUUGAAAUAUUCCCAAUGUGUCGCCUUACAUGAUCCAAAAAAUAACAUUCCUAGGUUUUUGAAAAAGGCAUUUUUGAGAGCUGGAUAUGACAGAAUUGCCAAUGCUAUUCUUAUUGGGAAAAUCCUGGAAAAUAGAUUUACAAAAUAUUUGGUCAGAACCUCUCAAGCAAUUGACAUUAUUAAUGGUGGAGAAAAGGCUAAUGCCUUACCUGAAGAUACUAAAGUAUUGAUCAACCAUAGAAUUGCCGUCGAAUCUACUGUUGAAGAAGUCAAAGAACAUUUCGUUACCAGAGUUGUUGAGGUUGCAAAGAGACAUAACAUAUCAGUUGUUGCUUAUGGUGAGUAUGUACACAAAUCUGAAAGCGAUUCAGGUUUGUUCAACGUUACCGUUAAUUCUAAACCAUUGGAUGCUGCUCCUGUUACCCCAACUAAUGAUACAGUUUGGUCCUACUUGGCUGGUGUUACGAGACAUGUUUAUGAAGACUUGGUUUUCACAAACAUCACCUAUCCUAUUGUCACUGUACCAUCAAUGCUGACUGGAAAUACUGAUACAAGACAUUAUUGGAAUUUAACCAGAAACAUCUUCAGAUUUAGUCCUGGUUUUAUUAGCAAUUUCCCUGGUGGUACUCGUAUCCACAGUGUUGAUGAAAAAUUGCCAUUUGACAGUCAUUUGCAAUUACAAGCUUGGUUCUAUGAGUACAUCCAAGCCAUUGACACUGUUAAAGCAAAUAAUUAA